UGGGUGGCGCCCAACAUUUACUACCUUGGUUACGCGGGCGUGGUGCGGUUCCGUGGUGUGAGGAUCGGCGGCAUCUCGGGCAUCUACAAGUCUCACGACUAUCGGAAAGGUCACUUUGAGUGUCCACCAUACAACCAACAAACAAUUAGAAGCGCUUACCACGUGAGGAACAUUGAAGUCUUCAAACUCAAGCAGUUAAAGCGUCCCAUUGAUAUAUUCAUGUCACAUGACUGGCCAAGGAGCAUAUAUCACUAUGGAAACACCAAUCAGCUUCUUAAAAUGAAAUCCUUCUUCCGUCAAGAAGUGGAGAGCAGCACGUUAGGAAGCCCUGCUGCUUCAGAGCUUCUGCAGCAUCUGAAGCCCACCUACUGGUUCUCAGCACAUCUCCAUGUGAAAUUUGCAGCUUUUAUGCAACACGAGGCAAACGCCAAAGAAGAGCUACCAAAGGCAACCAAGUUUCUGGCUCUGGAUAAAUGCCUGCCUCACAGAGACUUCCUGCAGAUAAUAGACGUAGAACAUGAUCCUAGUGCAGGUGACUCACUGGAGUACGAUGCUGAGUGGAUCGCAAUCCUCAAGGCCACUAACAGUCUUGUUAAUGUGACUCAGAGCUCAUGGAAUAUGCCUGAAAAUAAUGGCCUCCAUGCAAAGUGGGAUUACAGUGUGACAGAAGAAGCCAUCAAAGAGGUGUUAGAAGAGCUGAAUCAUAACCUCAAAAUUCCUUGUAACUUCACAUUGACAGCUGCUUGUUAUGAUCCCAGCAAGCCCCAGAAACAGGUGGAACCAGUUCAUACCAUCAAUCCACAGACCACUGAGUUUUGUGCCCAGUUUGGCCUCACUGACAUCAAUGACAGGAUCCAGCAAGCUAAAGAAGAGGGCUCAGUACGAGGCGAAUAUGAAGAGGAGGAGGAAGAGGAGAUGGACAGUACUGGGUCAGCGGAGGAACCCAGUGAAUACAGUACAGACAAUUCUGGACUUUCUUCCAUUAAUCCAGAUGAAAUACUGCUGGAUGAAGAGGGUGGUGAUGAGGACUUGAGUACGUGUUCUGUAGAUCCUUCCCCUGAUCAUCCUCUUGACUUUUCUGCAAGUUUUUCUGACAUCCGGAUCAUGCCAGAUUCCAUGGUGGUAUCGUCUGAUGAUGCUAUGGACUCCACUAAUGAGGAACUGGAGAAAUCUGGUGUGAGUAAGCAGGUGGAAGAGAAGAGCUUAAAUGAGAGACCAUUAAAGCGUACUGGUGGUAGUGAAAAUGGGAACAGUGGCAUUAAAAAAAUUAGAAGAAGGAAUCAAGCUCUCUAUGCUGCAGAGAGUGAAGAUAAAACAGAAUAAUACUUCAUGUGAUGUAUAGCUACGUUCUCUCCCUACCUUCUCAUGGGAAGAUGGUGAGAACUGUGGUGAACUACUCAUGCUUUUAACUUUACUU